CCCAAAUAGGACACAUAUACUUACCGUUUUUAGCAUCUAGCUCUUCUCUUGCUGUUGGAUUUGGAAGGUUGAUGUGGGAUCUUUGCUGUUGUGAAUAGUGCUGACUGUACCUUUCUACAAAGGUAUGUGAUCUAAGGAGGAACAUGUUUCAACUUCCAAUCUGUUUCAAGAGUUUGAAAGCUCAGGCCUGGAAGAAACAGAGUGAGCUGGGAGGUCUUGGCUGCUUGCAACUUAAUAACAGGCCAUAGGUGUAAAGUCCAAAAGGGCUCAGAUUUCUUUCUACACACGCUGGCUGUCUCAGACCUUAGUCCAGAGGGGAGCAGAGCUGCCUCCCCUGCACCCUGGCCUGGGUCAGUGAAAUGAAGGCAUAGGCAUACCUGGCCCAGCCCCUCCCCAUGGGCGCACACCAGCGUCUGUGACCUGCAUGCUCUUCUCCCUGGCUCUCCCUGUGAGAGGGACCCUGCCUGCCCUGUCACUAUUGCAGAGUGACAAGGGGCUUGGCCACAAGUGUUACUGGCGAGUAGCAAGAAGAUGAAUGGUGAGCAACAAGCCAUUACAGCCUAGCGGGACCUGCAGAGUAUAAUGGGAAGGCAGAAGGGCCAAGCACUGUGGACUGCACACAGCCAGAGGUAGCAAGGAUCUGCUUUCCAACCUGGGUAAAGGAAAAGUGAAGAAGUCCCCAGCCAAGGAUCUAGAGCAGAGUUCUCAAUCCUACCGCCAUAAAGCUCUGAGGAGAUCCACAAACCCAAACAGCAAGACUCCUUCUUGUCCUUGGCAGAUGGGAGGCAGUAUCAUUUACUAACCUGCAGGAUGGAGACCACGCCCUUGAAUUCUCAGACAGUGCUAUCAGCCUGUAAGGAUGGAGAGGAUUGUCAGGAAAACGGAGUGCUGCAGAAGGGUGUCCCCACCACAGGGGAAAGAGCAGAGUCUAGCCAAAGGUCCAAUGGGUACUCAGCAGUUCCCAGCCCUAGUGCAGGAGAUGACGCUCCACACUCCAUGCCGGCUGCCACCACCACCCUAAUGGCUGAGGUUCAUCAAGGGGAACGGGAGACCUGGGGCAAGAAGGUGGAUUUCCUCCUCUCAGUCAUUGGCUACGCUGUGGACCUGGGCAACGUCUGGCGCUUUCCCUACAUAUGCUACCAGAAUGGAGGAGGGGCGUUCCUUCUCCCCUACACCAUCAUGGCCAUUUUCGGGGGAAUUCCACUCUUUUACAUGGAGCUUGCACUGGGCCAGUACCACCGAAAUGGAUGCAUUUCUAUAUGGAGGAAAAUCUGCCCAAUUUUCAAAGGGAUCGGCUAUGCCAUCUGCAUCAUUGCCUUUUACAUUGCCUCCUACUACAACACCAUCAUGGCCUGGGCGCUCUACUACCUCAUCUCCUCCUUCACGGAUCAGCUGCCCUGGACCAGCUGCAAGAAUUCCUGGAACACUGGCAACUGCACCAACUACUUCUCAGAGGACAAUAUCACCUGGACACUCCAUUCCACGUCCCCUGCUGAAGAAUUUUACACGCGCCAUGUCCUGCAGAUCCAUCGGUCUAAGGGACUCCAGGACCUGGGGGGCAUCAGCUGGCAGCUUGCCCUCUGCAUCAUGCUCAUCUUCACCAUUAUCUACUUCAGUAUCUGGAAAGGUGUCAAAACUUCUGGCAAGGUGGUAUGGGUGACAGCCACCUUCCCUUACAUCAUCCUUUCUAUUCUUCUGGUGAGGGGGGCCACCCUCCCUGGAGCCUGGAGGGGUGUCCUCUUCUACUUGAAACCCAACUGGCAGAAACUCCUGGAGACAGGGGUGUGGAUCGAUGCUGCUGCUCAGAUCUUUUUCUCUCUUGGUCCAGGCUUUGGGGUCCUCCUGGCUUUUGCUAGCUACAACAAGUUCAACAACAACUGUUACCAAGAUGCCCUUGUGACCAGUUUGGUAAACUGCAUGACCAGCUUUGUUUCGGGAUUUGUCAUCUUCACGGUGCUUGGGUACAUGGCUGAGAUGAGGAAUGAAGAUGUGUCAGAGGUGGCCAAAGAUGCAGGACCCAGCCUCCUCUUUAUCACAUAUGCAGAAGCCAUAGCCAACAUGCCAGCAUCCACGUUCUUUGCCAUCAUCUUCUUCCUCAUGUUGAUCACACUGGGCCUGGACAGCACAUUUGCAGGCUUGGAGGGUGUGAUCACCGCUGUGCUGGAUGAGUUUCCACAUAUCUGGGCCAAGCGCCGGGAGUGGUUUGUGCUUGCUGUGGUGGUUACUUGCUUCUUUGGAUCCCUGGUCACCCUGACUUUUGGAGGGGCCUAUGUGGUGAAGCUGCUGGAGGAGUAUGCCACCGGGCCUGCGGUGCUCACUGUCGUGCUUAUAGAAGCAGUUGCUGUGUCUUGGUUCUAUGGUAUCACUCAAUUUUGCAGUGAUGUGAAGGAAAUGCUUGGCUUCAGCCCUGGAUGGUUCUGGAGGAUCUGCUGGGUAGCCAUCAGCCCUAUGUUUCUCCUGUUCAUCAUUUGCAGUUUUUUGAUGAGCCCACCCCAGCUACGACUUUUCCAAUAUAAUUAUCCUCACUGGAGUGUCAUCCUGGGUUACUGCAUAGGAACUUCAUCUUUCAUCUGCAUCCCCAUGUAUAUAACUUAUCGGCUGAUCAUCACUCCAGGGACAUUUAAGGAGCGCAUUAUUAAAAGUAUCACUCCAGAAACACCAACAGAAAUUCCCUGUGGAGACAUCCGCUUGAAUGCUGUGUAAACACACUCCAGAGAGGAAAAUGUUUCCCAGCUGCUGCCACCUCUAGUUUUGAUGAGUCCCACCUUGCCUCCCCGCUCUAAGUGAAUGAGAUUCCAGCUGAGCCUGACAAAGGAAGGGCCUUCUUCAAGGAGACACAGUCCCAAAAGACUAUGGUGCCCAGACUCUCAUGGCCUCCAGCCAUUUCUUUCCAUGAAAUCUCUGGGACAUAUUACCAUGUUAGACUGUGACACAGCUGAAAUGGCCUGUUUUGGACAUGUGAGGGUGUGGUAAGAGGUGAUGAAACCACCCUAUCAUCAGUUAGGAUUAGGUUUAGAAUCAAGUCUGUGAAAGUCUACUGUAUAAUUUUUUGGUAUUAUUGUUAUCUGACAUCUGCUUCUAAAGACUCCACUGUUCAUGAAGUUAUAAACUAUCUAGGAGAAAACAAGGAUUGUAUUGCUAGCCACAUAUUUUCUGAGUAGUGUAGAACUCUAUACCUGGAACCUUCUAGAACCUUCUAAUUCAUGUGCUGCUGUGGAGUCAGGAAAAGAAGCAGCUAAACUGAAUAAUAAUGUGUACAUUUGAGCAAUUGUGUCUGUGUAUAUUUUUGUGUCUGUGUAUUAUCUCUAUUCCAAUACUUUGUGUCCACUACAAACUACGAAUUACCUCUAAUUUUCUUACAUUAACAAGUUCUACCUACUCAAACAUGCGUGUAUGUUAUUAUUUGAAGGGUACAAGUACUACAGCAUACUCUGCUACCUUUUCCUUUUCCAGUGACACUACUUGAGCCCCACACCUUCCUUUGGCCUUUCUUCGGUAUUUGCUGUGCUUCAUUACUAUUCCUCUCUGCACUGAACGUUCAGAAUAUUUCAUAGGCAAAUCUGGCCUAUUUUGUUAGUCAUGGGAACUGCUUUAAGAUAAAUGUCAACAUAAGCACCUUCAAUGUUCAACUGAUCUGGUUUAAGCUCUACUUCAAAUGACUAUAACUAUCUAGGUUGUUUUGUUUUGUGCUGAGAGGGUAAAUCCAAUUCCUAUUUAGCUUUCAGUGUAUAGAUCUGGCACCCUGAGCUAAACCAAGGGUAUCCUUAGUCUAGCAGCAACUGGAGAGUCUGGUUAGCCUUAAUUGCUUUCACCCUUCCUGGUGGCCAUGAUUGUGAGUUCUUCAGAUAGUUUUCAAGUUUCAGUUUGUAUAAGGCUACUUGGGAAAUGGUUUGUCCCUUGUAAAGCAC